AUGGCAACGCACGCAUCAGGCCGAAUACCGGAGUUUAAUGGCUCAUCCUGGACAUCGUGGUUCGGACGCCUCCAGUUCUACUUCGAGGCCAACAGCAUCACAGACUCCAGCAAGAAGAGGGCACACCUGCUGACGCUGUGCGGUGAGCAGACGUACGACACCGUCUGCGCAUUGGUUCAGCCAAGCAAUCCAGCUGAAGUGGCUUAUGACGACAUCGUUGCGGCACUUCAGAAGCACUAUGACCCCAGGCCAGCCGAGGUCUUCAGCCGAGCCCGCUUCCAACGACGCAACCAGUUGGAGGGAGAAACGGUAAGCGCCUACGUCGCGGCGCUAAAGACGCUGGCAGCCGACUGCAACUUCGGAACGCUGCGCCAAACACAGGCAGCAGCAGCAGCAGCUACCGGACAGCAGACGACAACAACGCCACCGUCCAACGCAACGAUGCUACCCUUGGACAUUAUGUUGGGCGACAGGUUCGUGUGUGGACUACGGGACGAUCUCCUGCAACAAAGACUCUUUGCUGAGAGUGACCCAACGUUCACGAAAGCUUACGACAUCGCUGUUCGAGCGGAAAGUGCUAGCCAACAGCAGCGAGACAUGCGAGGGACCAUCGAGCCGGUUCACCAUCAGCGGCUCACAGAGGUCAUCACAACCAGCCCCCAGACGUGCAAAUUCCAAGCAGCUAUGUGCAAUUUCUGCAACAAACGCGGUCACAUUGAGAAGGCCUGCAUCUCAAAGAAGAAGCUCGCGAAGGGGCCACCUCAACGACACAAAAGCGGGAACGCCCCGAGAUCGAUAACGCAAGUUGAAACGCAGCACAGCCUACCAGCACCAACAUCGCUGUACGACUUGCAUAACGUCAACCUCGGCACGCAACCAAAGAUAAUGGUCACCCUUGCUGUGAACCGCCAGCCCAUCGAAUUUGAGGUUGACUCGGGAGCAGCUUGCACGCUCAUCAGCGAGGAGACGUACCGCAACACAUGGCCACGAAACGCUCCACCCCUUCUCAAUGAAGAUACGCACCUGAGAACAUGGUCAGGACAAGACCUGCCAAUUCUAGGCAGCGCCAACGUAGAGGUUGCUUACAACGGAACGUUGACCAAACUGCCUAUCGUGAUUGUGAAGGGCACUGGAUCUAGCCUUUUGGGCAGAAACUGGUUCCACGCUCUCAAUAUAGCGAUCUGCGGCAUCAACCAGGCAGCCGAAGGAAGCUCAACUGAGCGACAAGAGCUCGUCGAGCGGCUGAAGAAGAAGUACGGGACGGUCUUUUCUGAGGAAAUUUCUGGACACAAUGGGCCACCUGUUGACCUAGAGCUUCACCCAGAGGCCCGUCCGAAGUUUCUAAAGGCCAGAUCGAUACCGUUUGCUUUGCAACCUGCCUACGAGAAGGAGCUCGACAAGCUGGAACAACAGGGCAUUAUUGCGCCCACACAGCACUCAGACUGGGCCACACCUCUGGUUGCAGUGAGGAAGAAGAACGGAAGCCUACGUCUCUGUGGGGACUACCGGUUCACAGUGAACUUGGCAACAAAAUCGUCUUCAUACCCUCUGCCAACACCACAGGAGGUGUUCAGCACGCUACGGCGCGGGAAAAUAUUCAGCACCCUGGACCUCACGCAGGCAUAUCAACAGCUGAAGGUGAGCGACAAAACUUCUGAGGUGCUCACGCUUAAUACAACAAGAGGGCUGUACAGGGUAAAGCGACUUCCAUUCGGGAUAGCGGCAGCCCCAGCCAUUUUUCAAAGGUACAUGGAAUCGCAGCUUCAAGGAAUUCCUGGUGUGUGCGUCUACUUAGACGAUGUAAUCAUCAGUGGCGCAACCAGUGAGGACCAUGAUACACGCCUAGAACUGGUACUGAAACGGCUCGCAAGUGCAAACCUACGCUUGAGCAUCGAUAAGUGCUGCUUCGCGGUACCUGAAGUGAAAUUCUUAGGUCAUCUGAUCGAUGCCGAGGGCAUUCACCCCACCAGCGACAAGGUGCGCGCCAUCACGGAGGCACGCGCCCCAACGAGCAAGCAAGAGCUCCAAUCAUUCCUGGGUCUCCUAACGUUCUAUGACCGUUUCCUAGAACACCGAGCAACGGUGGCCAACGACCUCUACAACCUGUUGAAAAACGACGUCCCCUGGACUUGGUCGCCACGCCAUCAGGAAGCAUUUGAAGCCCUUAAGGAGCUGCUCCGUGACAGUGUGGUGCUUAGGCACUAUGACGAGACAAAGCCUUUGCUUCUGGCAUGUGAUGCUUCACCCUACGGCGUCGGUGCAGUGCUUUCACAAAUUGACGAUCAAGGCAGAGAAGCAGCGAUCGCCUUCGCUUCCCGCACGCUAUCACCUGCGGAACGCAAUUAUUCUCAGCUUGAUCGUGAGGGACUCGCCGUCGUCUAUGGUGCCACGCAUUUUCAUCAGUACAUCGCGGGCAGACAUGUGACUGUUCUCACGGAUCACAGACCACUUCUGGGUAUCCUGGGGCCCCAAAAGCAGAUUCCACAGACACUAUCGCCUCGCAUGAUCCGAUGGUGUAUUAAGAUGUCAGCUUAUGACUACGACCUUGUGUACCGUCCCGGAAACAAGCACCAAAACGCCGACGCACUGAGCCGCUUACCCCUCAGUGAAACCAUUGAGGACCCGCCUCAGGUUGGCUGCGUGCUCAUGCUCGAAGCACUACCAAAGCCCCCACUAACAGCAGACGAAGUCGCAACGGCCACGCAAGAUGACCCGACAUUGUCCAAGCUGUACAAAGCCCUACAGGCCGGCAGCGUUCAAAAGCUCAAGGAUGAAAAUUUCAACGCUUUUCGCAAGAGAGCAACGGAGUUGAGCUGUCAUCGUGGUUGCAUCACACUUGGAUCACGAGUUGUCAUUCCAGGCCCACUUCGACAACAAGCCACGGCUCUCAUUCAUGCCGGACACCGAGGCGUAGUCGCAAUGAAGAAGUGCGCCCGGAGCUACAUGUGGUGGCCGGGAAUCGACAAGGAUAUCGAGACACUAGCGGCAGAGUGCACAGCCUGCCAGUCCAAUCAACGCGCCCCGCCACGAGCUCCAGUACCGGACUGGGACAGACCGAACACACCUUGGCACACCGUGCACCUCGACUUUGCAGGCCCAAUUGACGGGUCCACAUUCCUGGUAAUUGUGGAUGCCUACAGUAAAUGGUUUGAAGUUCGCCUUAUGAACAAAACAACAUCGACAGCUGUCAUCGAGGCACUGCGCUCGUUGUUCGCAACCUUCGGAUUGCCUCACAAGGUGGUUUCGGACAACGGAACAGCAUUCGUGUCGGCAGAAAUACAGAAAUUCUACAGUGACAACGGCAUCACAGCGGUAACAUCUGCUCCGUACCACCCAGCCACAAACGGACAGGCCGAACGCUACGUGGGAGAGCUAAAACGAGCUCUUGCAAGAGACUCUACGGGGCCCCUGCAGCGCCGCAUUGCACGCUUUCUUUUCAAGCAACACACAACAGUGCAGAAUACGACGGGCCAGACACCGGCGAAGCUCGUGUUUUCUCCGGCGCACGCGGCCGUUCUACCGGAACCGCCUUCAAGUGUCAACCGAGAUAAUGAAGACGCCCCGCGUUGCCGGAAAUUCCACGAAGGACAAGCAGUUCUCGCCCGCCAGUUUCACCGUAAGCCCGAGUGGGUCCUGGCCAUCGUCAAAAAACGUAUCGGCCUGAGAUCUUGGCUCGUGGAAGUGAACGGGACUGUUUCCCGCCGGCACUUAAACCAGCUACGCCACGUGAACGUACACUACUCGCCCGGCGGACACGCCCAAGGCAGCAGCCCUCCGGCGCCUUUCAAUGCCGCUUGGCUGCUGACAAAGGAACAGGACGUCAGUGAACGGACACUUCCCGCUCACCCAGCAGCUUCCGGGGAGAAAACGAGCAGCUGCGCCCCAGCCCACACGGCGCCCGCCCAGCGACAGUCAACAAGGCAGCGACGCCCCCCAGACCGCUACCAGGCGCAAAACUAA